AUGGUUUCUAAUUAUCCAUUUUAUGGGAACCUGAAGAGGUACUGGGUGAGGAGACGGUACCACAGGCUGGAUGGAUCAGUCAAAAACCGAAAGAGUAUGAAGGUUGCGAGGCUCGGCGACGGUCGCCGCCGGCGCUUGUGGAAGAUCAAAGCCAUUCCAAAGCUGCGUUUGAAGAUAGCGUCGCCACUGAAGCUGUGGCAUAAGCUCAAGGAUUCUUAUAUCAACAUGAUGCUUAAUUUGGCGGGGAACGUGGGGCAGUUGAACAACGGAAAUGCGUUUGGCACCAAGCGGAUUCCAAAGGCUAGGAAAGUUCCUGUCGUUUACUCCAACGAUGAGUUUGAGAACAGAUUAAUUUUCGAGAUUUACAAGGCCUUGACGGCGUCGCGUGAACUAGGAGGGACCAUAGGAUCAUCAUAA